UACUAAGCUGGGUGUGACCGAAAAGUAUUUCAAACAAAGAACGUUCCUGCGUGCCCAGAGUCACGGUGCUGCUGUCAUGUAGCGCACUUUCUCACUGUCAGCAGCAUAACGUGGAGAGAUUUACCUGGACCUGUGCUGAACCAGUGAAAGGAAGCCCAGAGAUCAGUGUGAUGAUUGGGACAAUCACUGAGUGGUUUUGGUGGGACCGCUUCUGGCUGCCAGGCAACCUCACAUGGGAGGCUCUCGAAGACAAGGAUGGGCUUGUCUUUGCUAAAGCAUCUCACCUUUAUGUCACUGUACCUUAUGCUUUAAUCUUCCUUGUAGUCAGAUACCUGUUUGAAAGGUUAAUAGCUACACCGGCUGCAGCUUAUCUUGGGGUUACAGAGAAGACGAGACACAAGGUGGAGCAUAAUGCUAUUCUAGAACAUUACUUCACCACAAAGUCAAAAAACCCAGGACAGGCGGACAUAACCGGCCUGUCUAAAAAAUGCAGCUGGUCCAGCAGGCAGGUGGAGCGAUGGUUCAGGAGGAGACGGAACCAGGACCGACCUAGUGUUCUGAAAAAAUUCAGAGAGGCCAGUUGGCGAAUGGUGUUUUACCUGGCGUCGUUUAUUGGUGGCAUUAUAGCCCUGUAUGAUAAACCCUGGUUUUAUAAUUUGAGAGAAGUAUGGAAAGGCUAUCCCAAACAGUCCAUGCUGGACUCUCAGUACUGGUAUUAUAUUUUGGAGAUGAGCUUCUAUUUGUCGCUAGUGCUCAGCAUUACCUUUGAUGUCAAGCGAAAGGAUUUCAGAGAGCAGAUCAUCCACCACUGGGCCACGCUGACCCUUCUAUUUUUCUCCUGGGGUGCGAAUUACAUCAGAGUUGGGACACUCAUCCUGCUUGUUCAUGACGCCUCUGACAUUCUUUUGGAGUCUGCAAAGAUUUUGAACUACGCCAAGUGGGAAAGAACGUGCAAUGGCAUCUUUGUCGUAUUUGCUUUUGUUUUCAUGGUGACACGGAUCAUAAUCUUUCCAUUUUGGAUCAUUCACUGCACGUGGGUCUAUCCACCUGACCUUUACCCUCCAUUUAUUGGAUAUUACUUUUUUAACGUCAUGCUCGUCAUCCUGUUGAUGCUGCACAUAUUCUGGUGGUGUCUGAUUCUCCGCAUGGUGAAGAUGUUCCUCUUUGGAAGCUUGUUGACCAAAGACGAGAGAAGCGAUAAUGAAGAAGACGAGGAAGAAGACGGAGAAACAAGUAGGAUGGAAGACAAUGACGGACAUGUAAAAGUCACCAAUGGCUGUGGGAAUGGAGGGGGAGCUAAUCAUCACUGACGCCUCUUUUCUGGGGUCUCCAUGACGUAACUGUGGAGGACCUUGAAGUGCACUCAGGAAAUGCAAGGAGCUCGUCUCCCACGCUGGAGUGUUCAAAAACAGACAUUAACCCUCGCUGACAGUAAAACAUAUUUUUAAUUUAUUGCCAUGCAGAAAAUAUUAUGUUAAACCCUUUAAAAAAAGCUUUUUUCCACUUCUUUGGAGACAAGGCUUUGUGUGUUAUGGCCACUUUUCCAAAGCCAAACCUUUUUCCUUUUAUAAAUAAAAACAGUGUUUGUUAUGGCACAGGAUUACAUUGGUAAUCACAGUAAAUGCACCAACGGUAUAAAAAUAGCCUUGUACCACUCACGCCGUUGAAGCUCAGAGUUUACGUCACACUGACUGCCUUCGCCGUUUGCAUUUGUCAUCAAGGUCUCGUCUUUCACGCGCCAUUUGCCAUACUGCCGCAUUACAUCAAGACGAGUGUCUGUGAAGAUCUAAUGACAUGAAAUGUCAAGUCUCUGUUUUUUGUCGGUGAUUUAGAGAAAGAACAUUUAUAACCGCUCUCUUUUUUACACUCUUUUUUUUUGGCGUCAGGCUGCUACAGAUUAAAGUUGUCUACACUGGAAGUGUCGAAGCUUCAUGUCACCUAAUAAUGUUAAAUAACUACGAACAAUUUAGCCGUGGUGAAAAACCUUGAUUUUUUUGCAUAAAUACAUUGGAAUUUUGAAUUUAUAAUGUUAAGAGUAUUGUGCAAGCAACAAUUAUAGAGCCAUGGCAAACCACAAGUAGAUUUGUUUGGUUAUAGCACCUCCAGUGGUGAUAUUAUAUAAAGUACUUAAAAAGCCAAAAGUGUGAUAACAGAUUAAAAACAUAAUUACUAGAUGAUACCAAAUUAAUGUGAGAUUUAAUGUUUUAUUUAAAUGCCAUGUAUAAAGUUUUGUGGCAGUAAUCCUCUUAAAAAUUAAGGUGCUACAAAUUUUCUAUAACCUUUCUGCACUGUAAAAAGUGAAAGUUUGGAUUAACUUAAAACAUUACUUCAAUUGGAAACACUUUAAAAAAAAAAAAAACAAUCACAUUUCACCUAAAGUGAAACAAGUAAAAAAUUAAGUUGAAAAAACUUUAAAUAAGUUGAUCCAACUUUUUACUUUUUACAGUGGGAAACAGAAAAGGUUUUCAGAUGUUAAAGGAUCUUUAUGGAUCAAGCCAAAAAUUGUGUUGCACCUUUCAUUUUAAAGAGUGUAGAUCACACGGUUCAAAAUUACCAGCGAAAUCAUAAGAAAUUUAAGAUAAACCAAAUUUUAAAUAGUAGAUAGUAGCUCAGUUUGUUUCUUAUGAGCAUGCCAAACCUUCAAACUCCUUUAGACGGUCCCAAACAGAGAAAGUAGCAACUAAUAGAUACAAUAGCUGCCUAUUCACCUUUGGUGCAUGUCCCCUAAUAAGAAGCCCAGAGACGAGGUUCUGUGCAUCAGAAAUAGAUAAAGGGGAUCCGAAGUUUUAAAAAGUGACAUGAUGCACCGCAAUAGAUGCUUCUAGUGUUGACAGCUUUACUGAUUUUAAUGGGAACAUUUUAGAUGUGAUGUGUCUGAUACAGACAUGGUGUUUUUAGGCUACUGUGUAUAUAUAUGACUUAAAACAAACCACUAUAUGUGAAGAAUAUUGAAUGUCUUAACAAUUUAUGAAUGAACUUAUUUUUUUUUAAAGCAGGUUUAAUCACUGCUUUAAUUUUUAUAUUCGUGUGCAACCAAAUUGGUGAGAGAAGUAGCCUAUGUAAUUUAAGACACACAUACGUUUGCGUAAAUAAAAUUGGUCGAACCUUCGCAAAAACAUUGAACACAGUUUUUUUGUGUAAUGAAAAGACUCGCAAAUCAGCAAAAAUUUGGAGAAUUCAUGUAGUGCAUUAUAUAAAUUAUGCAAUGAAAAUGUGAAGGAUGUGUUUUAUAUUUUUAAAUGUUUAAUUUUUGUUGUAAUAAAAAACUUUGUUCAAUA